ACAUUUUUAGGCAAAGUCUCUCUUUAAGCAGACUCACCACGCAGCUAGAAAGAGAGAGAGAUAAAAGGAAAGAGAGGAAGAGACUAACAGAGACAGUGAGAAAGAGGCAGGAAGAGGUGCUGAACUUUCACUUUUGCUGCAUUUUUUUCCGCUGAAGUGAGAUAUAGAGAUUUAGAGAAGCAUCAAUGCCUGAAUGAAAAUCUGCUCUGCUAUCUGUGACUUCUCCUGUGUAUAACUAUGAUGAGCUCAGAAAACAACUGCACCAACUUAUAUGACCAUCGUGCAGUGGCCCGAGUUCUCAUACCUCUGGCCUAUUCCAUCAUAUGUCCAGUGGGACUUUUAGCCAAUGCCCUGGCUCUUCAUGUGAUCUUCUCCAAUAUCACCAAAAUCAAUUCCAUCACGCUUUAUUCCGCCAACCUGGCUGUGUCUGAUAUCCUGUUCUGCCUGUCGCUUCCCCUCCGAGCUGUUUACUACGGCCUUGGCUUCCACUGGCCCCUGGGGGAAGGACUAUGUAAAGCCAUAACACUGCUCUUCUAUUUGAACUGCUACGCUGGAGUAAACUUCAUGACCUGUCUAGCAGUCGAUCGUUUUGUGGCGCUGGUGUUUCCUCAGAAUCUGGUGAAAUUGAGAAAGGUGAAAAAUGUGCGAUUAGUGUGUCUGGCCAUAUGGCUGCUGGUGUUUGCCCAGACGUUGCCUCUCCUGACCAUUAACUUGACCAAAACGGAGCAUGACAACAGCAUCACCUGUAUGGAAUACCCCAAUUUCGAGGGUCUUUUCAAAGGGCUGCCCUACAUGCUGAUCGUGGGGGUAGUUUUAGGCUUUGGAGUCCCAGUGGUGACAAUCAUCGCCUGCUAUUCCAUACUGACCCGUAAACUACGUCUCGCAGCAAAGUCCAACCGACUGACAGAACGUUCUGGAAGGACCAAAAAAGCAAGAGGAGUGAUCGCAGGAGUGGUUUUUGUGUUUGUGGUGUGUUUUAGCCCAUACCAUAUAGACCUUUUGCAAUACAUGAUCCGAAAACUUUUCUAUGCUCCAGACUGCAAGGAGCUACAGUCCUUUCAGAUAUCCCUGCAUAUCACGGUGUGUCUUAUGAACUUAAAUUCAUGCCUGGAUCCCUUUGUUUACUUUUUUGCAUGCAAAGGCUACAAGCAGAAGCUGAUGAGAAUGAUGAAGUGGCAGGUUGGCACCCACUUCUCCAGUGCUGGGAGAAUCUCGCCUGAAAGUUCAGGCAUAGGUGAAGAGCACGGCACACGCCGCAACACCAGAAUAACAAUGAACACUAUUAGAGAAGCUCUGUAAAACAAUCAUCAGUAAACGCCAACAUAAGGUGAUGAAAAAUGUAUGUGGGGCCACAACUGAGACUUAAAAGCCAAAUACAAUGCUAAUUAAUACCACAAGUGGCCUAAAAUGUCAAAGACAACUUGUCUCUCCUGAUUUUAAACAGCACACACUUCAUUAAACAGAUGGACGCUUGCCAAGCACUGGCAUCAAAGUGAAGAAAGAAAAAAUACUUGAUGCAAAAAGACUAUAAUUCAUUAAGUAACUGUUUAUCAUUUCUCAUUAAAAAAUGUAACUGUUAACAGGAUAGGCUAGUUCACCAAAAAUAUAUAUUCUGCCAAUAUUUACUAACUCAUUCUAAAACUGUAGAGUUUUUUUUUUUCAUGAAACAUAUAAUAAUAUAUUUUGAGAAGUGUCUCACCAGACUGUGUUUUUAGGUGUUUUUUGAAACAAAGGUCACCAAAGUGGUUUGGUUUUCCAAUAUUCUUCAAAAUAUCUUAUUUUGUGUUUCACAAAAGAUGGAAAGUCAUAAAGGAUUGGAAUGACAUGAGGUUGAGUAUGGUUUCAUUUUUAGGUGAACUAUCCCUUUGAUAAAGAACAGUUAAUGGUUCACACAUAAAUAAAUCAAUCAUUCUUAAGGUUUGAAAAUUGCGAAUAAAGCAGUUGAACUAUCAA